UCUCUAAAUAUUAGAAAAAUUUAAGGUGUACACAAAAGAAAACAUAACCGCUGCAAUACAGUUUUUCAUUGCCCAAGUUAUAGUAACCGCCUGUGUAAAGCGUUUAAUUGAUUGUACAUGUAACACGAGUCGGGUCAAGUAACUGCACGGCACGGGUGUGCCGUACACAUGAAGAAUAACAAUGGCAGACAAAUAUGCUUCAGAUUUGGCUCUUGUUGUUAUUGCGCAGAUAACACAAACUAUUGGUUACAGCUGCACUCUGAGUGCCCCAUUGGAGUUGUUGCAGGACAUAAUGCAGAAGUUUACGCAGGAGUUUGCCCGAGACCUCCAUUGUAAUAUGGAACACGCAAAUCGUAUCGAGCCUAGUCUUAGGGAUGCACAGCUCAGCAUGAAAAAUCUUAACAUUAAUGUUCAGGAACUGUUGGAUUACAUCGGGAAUGUCGAGCCUGUCGGUUUCACCAGAGAUGUGCCCCAGUUCCCUAUCAGAAAAGCUGUGAAUAUGAACUUUCUUAAACCUGGAAGCGCAGAGACCCUGACACGGCCUGUCUAUAUAUUUGAGUAUUUGCCGCCGAUGCAGGACCCUGAGCCGCGGGAGACUCAGGCCGAAGCUCAUAAGGAAUUUGCACAAAAACUAGAAUUUGUGUCCAAGGCAGAGUUCGAUGCGACAAGUCCGGUGGAUAAACUGGGCACCAAUCAAAUCGAUUCCCGUUCUCCGAACGCGGUGAUAAACUUUCCAUCAAAUUCCUUUGACUCGGAUGUUGGUCGUUCAGUCCGUGAAAUGAGCAGCGUUGUAAUGACUACAGGCGGAUUUAUUAGUCCAGCCAUCGAAGGGAAACUGCCAGAAGCCUUUAUACCGGAUAUAAUUGAAAAAUUUAAAGGCUUAGACGCACCGCCUCCCUCGUUGAUAGCUAUCAACCAUUUGGAGCAUUCUGAAAAAGAAUUGGUUACAUGCGAAAAAGAAGCAGCAGUAAAUUCACGAAAAGUAAUACCCCCCCAAUAUUCAGAAACUAAAAAGGUCAACCAAAAUGCUGCAUUAUUGACAAGUGAAAACGCGGAGCCAUCUUUGUUAUUUUCACCUAACAAUCCUCCGAUGACAUCCGCGUUGUCUGCUGCAAUAUCGAAGAAGAACAGAAAACAGAAACCGGACUUAACAGGCGAGCCUGGUCAAAGGGAUAAAUCCUAUAACUCUUUCGGAAAGUCUCAAGAAAAAUCCCAACGAAAGGCUUUAAAAAUGUAUCAAAAACAUUCGAAGAACCAAAAUGACACUUCUAAUACUCAAAUGCUGCACAUGAAAAAGUCUAAAAAGCGAGUCAAUCGCGGAAACAGCUUAUCCGAUCCGAAUAGAGUACAUAUAGAAAAGAUGUUAAAGAAGCAGGCUAAGCAUAAGCAAAAGAGUGUUCAACUUGAUCUUGAUGGGAAAAAUUACUUACAACAUUCUCAAACUAUAAGCGACUUUCCCAUUGAAGCGAACUUGAAUACAGAAAAUUCGAUUCCAGUUGAUAUCCCUAGUGCGGCGCCUGUAGUUAUGAAGCAAAUUGAGAAUGAUUCUCAAAGUUCAGUUUUUCCAGUACAGCCAGGGGGAACACAACAAUCGCAAGUAUCAUUGCCAUCAAAAAAAAAUGCAUCAGAACCGGAACGAAGUAAGUUGGAUAUAUUUAAGAAAAUUUCUAAGCCCCGCACCCCCCGUCAGGAUGGUGGAGCAAUUUCGGUACCUCCUGGAAUAGGAGUACGUGUAUUUGGAAGUACUAUAACUGCUCCGCCACUAAUUAGUCUCCCAUCUGGGACUACUAUAACACCUACACCUCCGGUAGGGCUGAAUCCGGAGAACGCAAACGUUCCUAAUAUGAAAAUUAACCAAUAUGGUGUAUUGGGUCAAACGCCAUCUUCUCCUAAAGCCGACGUAGAAAUGUCAAUUAUUGAUUCGAUGAAGCCAAAAAAGCGGGGCCGGAAACCUGGAGGAAAAAACCUAGUAAAACAAAUAAAUUUUACAUCACAUUCGCUUAUUGAAUCGGCUAAAAAGGAAAAGUCAUCGCAUGUAAUUGCACUCCCGCUAGCGUCUUCUACGAUGCUGUUAUCACAAAAUUCCUUAAACGUAUCUAUGCCAACAGAGCCUCUGAACCUGUGUAACACAGAUCAGGCCUCUAUCGAAUAUAUACCAAACUUUCACGCAAAAGAUAAAAAGGAAAGAAAAAAGUACAAACUAAAAUAUGACUCGAACUUACCACAAAACUUAAAGGAAUUAAACAAGGUAUAUUCCCCCGAAACAACAUCCUCAACCCUAACUAAUUCAAUACAUCUUUUGAAACAAAAGAACGAAACAGCCUGUCCGGAUCCAUAUAUGACAGUUUCCAACACGUUAUCCAAUUCAUCAAUGUAUCCUGGCAACCAAACAGGAAUGGUUCCAUUGCUUCCUCUAUUGCACUUUCCACCACGACCAGGAUUAAUUCCUUCAGGACCUGGUCUUUUUCCUGCAGUAACCGGACUGGUCGGCUUUGGAAAUAAUAACAACAGAGUCGGCAUUGCACCGUUCAUAGCUUAUCCGGGCUCAGAAGGAUCUGUUGCGGACACCGUUAGAUGUCCACCAAUUAAAGAUUCUGCUGAUACUGGUACUGAUCAAUUCCUAAGGCGAUCCGCACAGAUGGACUUGCAAAUUGAUAGAAACUACUGCAAUGUUGCUCCGUUGGUGCCAGACUCUAUGAAAUUUUCUGAUUGUAAACCAGUAACUUGCGGUAUUACUGACAUGGAAAAUACAUUUGCACCACAGGCUCCACCGAAAUUUAAAUCAAGACCAUUAGUACAGGCUUCUGGAAAUCUUGGUGAUCCGAUUGAGGUAUCCGAUGACUCAGACGAAUCGAUACAAAACAGACAGCUGGUUCAAAACAGAUCUCCAUUGCCUUCUCCAAACAACGCCAGAGCGAGCUUAGUACAAUCACAGUCUCAAUCGUUUGCGCCUUCAUCGUCUUUAUGCGAAGACAAGAACCAACUGGAUUUAAGGAAUACUAUGCCUAAUUCAAGCUCAAGUGAAGCAAUUAAGAAGUUAAAAAAGUCAGUUAAACUGAACCUUCCCGAUGUAAAAAACAUAAUUCACACCGCUGCUCCCCAGUCAUCAUUUCCUCAAUUCAACUUGCCAAAUUUUAUAGGAGGUGAUAAGUUCAGUUUAGCUGGUGGAGCGGAUCUAAUCCCUUUGGCGAGAAUAGAUUGCGGCUCGGCAUAUUCAUCCCAAAAGGUGCCAUCCAGUAGCUUGACAGGGGGAGUGGCUUCAGGCGUAAACCCUAUUUUACCAAAUCACAUAUCUGAAGAUCAGCAAUUUAUGCCAACAUUUUCAAACUACGAUGAUAUUACUAUUACACCCACCGGAGCGAUGUCGGUAGAUCUCAAAGUGCGCAAACACCAUAAAAAGCCAAAAAAGAUCAAAGAUGGAAAAAUUAAAAAGAAAAAGGACAAAAAGGAUAAAUCAAAAAGAAAAGAUCGAGCUGGGAUAGCGUCUUAUAAAAGUGACCGAAAAAUAAAAGGGCUUGACAAAAAGCAAAAAAAGGAAAAAAAGAAGGAUAAGGAAAAACAGAUUUUAAUUCAUAUUCCGGAUGUCGACGAAUUUCCCAGGGCGCCCUUAAUAAACAACUUAGAUCAUGCCUCUACUCAAAGUGUACCCGUGAGUACACCUGUGAUGAAAUCAAGUCCAAAGCCAAUAAAAUCACCAAUAACGGCCACUUGUGCAAUGUCUCCAAAGAUACAGCAGCCUCAAUGUCAAAUACCAAAACUAACACUAAAACUAAGUGGCAAAUCCACAACGUUUCCGUCUCUUGAAAAAGAGAAAGACACGCUGGAUACAGGAAAGGUUAAACAGCAAACUAUACUUCCAGUAGAAAAGAAAGAGCGAGAGCGAGAUAAUUCUCCGGAGCUAGCCCGGUUUUCCCCAUUGGUCACCGGGCCGCCUAAGAGCAAACAAUCUGAUACACAUUUAUUAGGCAUAUCAAAUGCAGGACCUCUUUUAAGCAACAGUUCCGUUAAUUCUACCCAAGUAAUACCAGAACCUUCCCCAAUACCUACGCGAACGUCGCAGAUAUCCAUAAGUCAAACCUCGUCCAGCUCAGCCGGUUGGCUGUCGAACCCUAGUAACAGUAAUGCUGCGUCGUCCACGCUUUCGGCUAGCUCAGUUUUGUUACCACAGCAAUUGAUGUUGUCAUCUAAUACGAUCAUAAAUAACUUCUCAUCAGUAACGACCAGUAGUGGAGGGUCCGCGCCUAAAACUGGCUUGUUCAGCUCACCAGCAAAUAUUCCAGAAGAGAAUUCACAUAUUGCAGAAACAAGUCGUCCAUCGUCAUACGUUGACGCCGAGGGUAAUCGUAUAUGGAUUUGUCCGGCUUGUGGAAAGGUAGACGAUGGUUCUGCUAUGAUUGGAUGUGAUGGCUGCGAUGCGUGGUAUCAUUGGAUUUGUGUGGGAAUUACUUUUGCCCCUAAGGACAACGACGAUUGGUUCUGUCGCGUUUGUGUGACAAAAAAAAGAGUCCAUGGGUCUGAGAAAAAAAAGAGGCGAAAUAAGAAAAAGUAACUUUAACUUUAUUUAGUUAAAUGACACAGCCUGACAGAAUUUCCUUCUUUUGGUUGUCCACGCCUGAUGGCUUUUUAUUUUUAUAAAUAAGGCUUUAUUCAGCAUAAGUUGUCACUACACCGGUAUUCUCGGUGUGAUUAAGUUAAGAUAAUAAUAAUUUUUAUUCGCAUAUUUGCUUAUAUCACAAACAUGAAUCAUAUAGGUGUAGUGGCUUAGAAAAGUCUAGUUUAUCGAAACAAAAUGCUGUCAGGCCUAAGCAACCAAAAGAGGAACAUUCUGUCGCGCUUGUUAUAUACAGGGGUGUCACAGAAAUCUCUUCCAAUCAAAUUUCCCCCCAAAAGUACAUCUCUGUGUCACAGAAACCGGUUUUAAAAUGAGUAGACAAAAAUUUUUUCCAAAAACCAGUCCAAAUUUACUCCGAAAUUCUAUAAAUUCUGUGAGAUCGAGGAUUUUGGUUUGUUGGUUUCAAAAGCAACCGUCCUCAAAACCGUCGACGGUUUGUGUGACACUCCUGAAUAUGUUCUGUAGUUUUUUUAACUUUAACCCAGACAUACCGCACAGGACUUUGCUUCGUCAUUAUAGCAAGUUAAUGCCUUAUUUAACAUUUUUUAAAAUAGUUAAAAUUGUUUUGCGAUCGUAAGGCUCUCCGCAUUCUUUUACAGACGGAACUUCUAAUUAUAAAAUCAAAAUUUAUUUGCCUUCACAGCUACUAUUCGGUACGACAAAUUUGUUGAUAUGUGCCCUAAAUAAAACUUCGUAUCUCUUAAUAAAGUGAUUGAACUCAUUA